GCAGGGACGAGAGUGGAGAGGAAACUGAGGGUGUGCUUGUGUGAGUGUGUGUGUGCCAAAGACAGUGAGUGGAGGAGAGACGGAGAGAGGGACCCACACUGGCGAGUCACGGACUUUUACCAUAACAAGGUGUUUGAUCAUCAUCAUCAUCCUUUGAUGUGCUGCGCGGCAGCAAUACAUUUCGCAACACCAGGAUUACGCGCAUAUCUGGAUAUAGCCUACUGUGAAUUCAAAACAAGCCACGCGUAUCUCUGUCACCGGAGCUCCCGAGCAGAAAUCAAGGACACAGUAAGCGAAUAACAUCAGCGGCAUGUGUGGCGUGGACUCGGAUCUGGAUGAUGGAGAUGAGAGAGACCAAGAGGAUGAGUUUGCCAUGGCUGAGGGGGUGCGCAUGCUGCCCCCUCCCACUGCGCACUGCGAGGGCAGCGUCUGGGGAGGCCGCCGGGGCCGGUGCGGCUGCCUGGUGUUCGGAGUGGGCCUGGUACUGUGGAACGUAGGCCUGGCGGUGGUCUGUGUGCUAUUGUUAGCUGCCGUCUUCGCCCUGGUGCUGCUUCCCGCCACGCUGCUACUGUACGCCGGCUUCCUGUGCCACUCACGGGUGAUGGCGUCGCCGGCCGCCCUGUGUCAUUACCUUGACGACAACAGCUGCUCCGCCCUCAUCAUCCUGGGCUUCGUCAUGAUGUCACCGCUGGUGGUGGUCGCCGCGGCAACCUUCUGCGGCCUGCUGCGUCGGCUCCGCCUCCUCUGGCUCUUUCAGCCAAUCAGCGGCGCCUGGUACCGCGGCCGCAGCCUGGGCUGGAGGGGAGACCUGCGCGCCUGGGUCUGAGGGGUCAAAGGUCGAAGGUUAGGUUAGGUCAAAAGAGUUUAGUUUUCGGACAGAGAGUCAACUCUCACCUUGACAUGUGUGACCCUUGUGGUGGGAAAAGGGGUCUGCCAGCAGGUCCAGAGAAAUACCUGAUAUACAUGAGAAAAACUGAUCCCAUAUCAGAAUUAAGCCUUGAUUACACAUAUGAGGAUAUUUUUAAAAAACGGAUAUUUCUUUCAUCUGUUUACAUGUCUUGAUCCCGUUUACAUGGCAUGUGGAUGAAAAACAAAUCACCAUUGUGAUUUAGAAAACAUCUGUUCUAGGGAGCUAGAACUCUGUUUACGCGUAAAGCAAAAGGUCCAAACGGAUGUGUUUACAAAAAUAUCCAUAUGUACAUGUAACACACGGUCUUAGAGCUAAAGAAGUUAGUUCUAGUGGAUGUCUAGUAGUCAGUCAGUAGUGGAAGAGGCGAAAUGGCUUCAGGCUCCAGAAAAGAUGUCAGGUUGUCCACAACUAAACUCUUUUGACUUCUAGGCCUACCUAGCUGAAUGGGGAUAUUCACAGACAAGGUCAAAGACUGUAUUUGAAAAGGCAAUCUGUUAAAGUGUGUCAAACACAGGUGUUUAACAGUGUUGGGACCCCAUGUGUGUGUGUGCGCUACACACUCAGCAAAGUUUCCACUGUUAAUUUAACACUUAGAGAGUAGGGCUAACUAGAGGAGUGUUAACUUCAACACUCUGAGUGUUGAAUUGACUCUGUAAAUGUUACUGUGUAUAUGGUGAACAACACAUAUCCUAUUAUUUUAACACAGGGCUUCAGUCUGGGGACUCUUACUUGGACUUUUGCCAUGUUUGAAGAGAGUAUUUUGAGGUGAUUCAGGCUGAGUGAUUCAGACCAAUUAAUCGUAAAGUACAGAAUAGGGCAAUGCACUGCAAUCAUUCAUCGUUAUGGUGAGGGAUUCAGUGAUAUUCAAUGGACAAAACAUAAAAUAGUGUAAUGUGAUGCAAUGAGGUCAGUCAUAGCUACCUGUAUAGUCAUAGGGGGUUAAAUUAUAACUAAAUUGUCUGUUCAGCCCACAAUCCACCACAGCAGUGGAAGUCAAUAUUUCUCUAUGGAGAGUCAAGGAUUUGAGUGAACAAAGUGAAUUUGUCUAGCGACUAGAGUGAAGGAGAUACGUCAAAAUUAUGUUAUUGUUAUUCUAACACUGUGCAAUCUGAUUCUUGAUUGUGAUUGGCUGAUAGACAUUGUAAAUCGAGCACAAACACACACCAUUCCAAAUGAAGAUUCUAUGCGUGACUAAGUUAGACGCGACACAUCUCAGUUGAUAAUGAGAAUCUAGUGCAGUUGGGGUAGGAGAAUACAGGAAAAGCACAUAUUUGCACCAUCUGUGGUUGGGGUAUCAGUGUGCAAACACGUUUCAUUUCUGCUAGGGUUUUAAGCUAUGACUUGAUUGGUGAAAGCCAAUCAGAAUGUAGGAUUAUAGAGCAGAGCCGAUCUGUGUGAAGCUAAAGCAAAAAUUCCAGUGGCACUUCAUCAGCAAGUCAAGUGUUGACAGAAACCCCUCUGUUGCUUCUUCCCAUUGGUCGAUUUUGGUCUGUAUAUAAUGCUACUGAAUGGCUUACGGAAAGUAGAUGACAUCACUAUUGCACAUUUUUUUUUCUUUAUAGGCUUACUAAAAGAGAAUAAAGCCACAAAUAAGUAAACACAGGUUAGGUUACUGUAUAGCAUUUAAUACCUCAAACACACACAUUUUCAGUAAACCUUUACUGUGUGUGGUUUCACUCAAAACACAGCCAUCGCCUACAGUAUAGCGCUAACAAAUAAUCUCUUCCUGAAUGGCCACAAGUUACACCUCUUAUUGGACCGCGUUUAAUCUUUAGAAAGUGGUCCCAUUCCCUCGCAGGUCGCCGCCUUAUGACUACCACCAUGGCCUGACCUAGAUGAAUGAGGGCCUGCACAAACACAUCCACACCUAUGGCUUUGGAGGGAGGGACGGAGGAAGGGAGGUAGCCUUUAUUGUCUGAGACACCUCAUCCAGGUGACUCAUGCCCCAGUGAAGCUAUAAGUACAUUGUCGGGUCAGUCCAACUCUGUUAUUAUGUUUCCAUUUUUAUAACACCGUUUUGCAGAUGUUUUUCUCCAAUACAUGCAGUCCGUGGCCUUCAGAGAGACACGCUUGGGUUAGCAGCUUAGGUUGUAGAAGGAAACGUAUUGCCCUCACAUUCUGGAUCGCUAGCAAUUUAUGUCAAUUAACUUGAUGUACACCGCAGAAAAGUAUGCGCAGAUCUAACUUAGUGACCUUUUGUAAGAGAUGUUUCUUUUCAUUUCCGUCAUUUCCGUCAUUUGCAGUGUGUUCCUCAAGGCUAUGCUUGGGCAAUCCUAAUUGAGACAUACAGUACCUUGACAGAAGCAAAUGUUUAUGGAACCGGCUCCAUUAGAUAUAUGAGAAUGUGACGGAUUCUGUGAUUCUUUAACUAGGCAACAGAGGGCAGAGUGUUGUUCGGCAGAACUCCUCGUGAAAGUGCAAGGUCGCAGAGAUUCUCCGUGUUAGAAUAAUAGAAACUAGGGUUGCUUACAAUACAGUAGCUGGCGAGCUAUAAUCAAAACAGGAAAGAGCGGCUUUCAGAAAGCACAUCGUAAGCCAAAUGUAAUGUCCAUGUAAUGUACAAAGUGUCCUUUAUCUGUCUCUCCAUCCAUUACCUGUUACUAUAGUUUCUAUGGUUUAUUGAUGUGCAGGUGAAGAAGCCCUGCUUCAGGAAAUAGCUCUUAAGUAGUGGCUCAGAACAAUCUUGUCAAUGACAAACAAACAAACAAAGUGAU